AUGACCGAACCAACCCCCCCAAUCGAACAACACCCACCAACCUCGACCUCAAGCACAAAUACAAAUCCCCCCACCACCACCACAACAGCAACCACAACCACAAACCUCCCCCGAAUCACCAUCAAAUACUGCACGCAAUGUAAAUGGAUGCUCCGAGCCGCUUAUUUCGCCCAGGAACUCCUCUCUACGUUCUCGACGAGCCUUGGCGAGGUAGCUCUCGUGCCGUGUACGGGGGGUACGUUCAUCGUGAGUAUUACGUCUGCGUCUGCGUCUGAGACGGGGGUGCGGGAGAGUGUGCUCUGGGAUCGGAGGGUUGAUGGGGGGUUUCCUGAGGUCAAGGUGCUCAAAAGCCGGGUGAGGAAUGUGGUUGAUCCGCAGAGGGAUUUGGGGCAUACGGAUCGGGCCUUGAGGCAGGAGAACGGGGGUAAUCAAAAACAGAGUCAAGAGAAGGAAACGGAAAAGUGUGAGGAUUGCCAGGCUUAG